AUGUCCGAAAGGGAUUCCCCGAUCGGCGAGCACGCCAACGAGCCUGUCAACGAUGGUCAGGAGCAGGAAUACGAAGAUGCUCUUGCUGCUGCCGACUCUGAUCGCGACUCGGAUGCGCUGUCCGAAGUAGAUGAGGACCAAUUCGAGGACUACGACCCUGAAACUGCCAAUAUUGAAGAUCGUCCCGUUGAAAUUGAUGAAGAUGUUGCUCGCACGCUGAAGGCAACGAAGCGUAAGCGUGCAGAAGGUGAGGCACCAAAGAAGCCUCGCGAAGGUCGCCGAGAUAAGAAGCGUCGAGAUCGGGAUGAAGAUAUCGAGAUGGAUGAUGCAGACGACGGGACCAAAAAGCCCCGACGAUCAAGGCGCGCUGCUGCUGAUGGAGAACGACGCCAAAAGUCCAAGGCUGCCACGCCGGAACCCGAGAACGAAGACCAUCUUUCACCAGAAGAACGGCGAAAGAGGGCUAUUGACCGAGCUCUUGAUGCAGCGAUCAAAAAGCCUAGCGGCCAGAAGCGCAAGAAGAAGGACGAGAUCGAUCUUGAGGCCGAGAUCGAUGACCUACUGGCGGAUCUCAAGGUUAGAAUGGAGGGAGCAUGCCAGUCCGACAAUCAGGCUCGUGAGGCUGGUCAACCAGCACUUCACAAAUUGAAGCUGCUUCCUGAAGUCACUGCUAUCAUGAACCGCAACAAUGUUCAGCAUGAAGUUCUCGAUCCAGACACCAACUUUUUGCAACAUGUCAAGUUCUUUUUGGAACCGUUGAACGACGGGUCCCUCCCGGCCUACAACAUCCAGCGAGAUAUUUUCAAUGCUCUUGCCAAAAUGAAUAUCGAAAAGGAAGCGCUCCUCAGCAGUGGUAUUGGAAAGGUAGUUGUCUUCUACACUCGGAGUAAGAAGCCCGAGCCUAGCAUCAAGAGAAUUGCGCAGCGUCUUCUUGGAGAGUGGAGCAGACCUAUCCUCAACCGAACCGACGAUUACAAAAAGCGACAGAUUGAGACACGGGAUUAUGAUUACGACGCUGCCAAGAUUGCACAACGCCAGAAAACCAACUCGCAGUUCAGUCUAUCCCAACGUCCUGCACCUAACACCAAGGAGGCUGAGCGUGAGCGUCUUCUAGCCCCUUCACGCGGCAACAACUCUGCCCGUAUGGUUAAUCUUCCCUCGAGCUACACAGUCGCCCCUCAAAGCACUUUCAUGGGAAGCCAGGGCUCGGGCCAUCGUCCUCUGGGUGCCGGUGGUAUGGAGGCAUUCCGCAAGAUGACGCAGAAGAGCAAGAAGCGUGCCAACUAA